GGGGAGACACCACUUCCGGUUCCGUUGUGCCUGGGUUUGUUCGCUGCUGUGCUACGUGUCCCUGGCAUCUUAGCUGGCGCGGAGCAGGCAAUCAUGGAUCAGGUAAUGCAGUUUGUUGAGCCAAGUCGGCAGUUUGUGAAGGACUCAAUUCGGCUGGUUAAAAGAUGUACCAAACCUGAUAGAAAAGAAUUCCAGAAGAUUGCCAUGGCAACAGCAAUAGGAUUUGCUAUAAUGGGAUUCAUUGGCUUCUUUGUGAAAUUGAUCCAUAUCCCCAUAAAUAACAUUAUUGUUGGUGGCUGAAUACCUUUUUGGAAGAAUCUGUUGUUCAUCUUGGGGAUUGGUAGACAAGCGAGGGUUUGAGAAGCUCAUGAAGUAAAAAUUUGCCUGUGUAUUUUGUGUUUUUGUUUCAUUUUUUUUCUUCCAAGAUGUUUCUUAUUUCUAAAUUAAAAUAAUUUCAGAGUAAA